CAGAGUAGCAGAGCACAGCACCACCGGUAUCCGUACCUCGUCGUCGCUCUCCCCCGCUUCAUCCUCCUCCCCCUCGCCCGUAUUCCCCUCUCACGCCCCUUCCUCUUCCCCCCAUUGGGCGCAUCCCAUCCCAUCCCAUCAUGGCUGAGUACGACCUCACCUCGACGCUGCUCAAGUACGUGGACAGACAUCUGGGCUUCCCCCUGCUGUCCCACCUCGCUUCCACUGGACUCUUCAAUGGCGCAGACAUCACAAAGGCUCAGUAUGAGCUGGCAAAGGGAACCUCGAUGGUUGACUACAUCGAGGACCUCCAUUCGCAAGCCUUUCCAGGCCAAGGACCACCAGCAGAUCUUGAGAAGCAGAGGGCAGAUGCCUUGAGCCAGCACGAGAGACUGGGAGCAGAAGUGGACGCAGUCCUCAAUGUGAUCGAGGACCCAAACGUGGCUGGAGCAUUGAAGCAGGACAAGGAGAAGAAUUUGCAAUGGCUGCAGCAAAAUUACAACCUCACUCUCGACCAGAUCACAACCCUGUACCACUACGGUUACUUCCACUUCUCCUGCGGAAACUACGGAGAAGCUUCAUCAUACCUCUACCACUUCCGCAUUCUCUCCACAGACCCCGUGCUCACACUUUCAUCGCACUGGGGAAAGCUAGCUUCGGAUGUCCUCACUGGUGAAUGGGACCGGGCCUUGGAGGAGAUCAAACUGAUUCGGGAACAGAUUGAUGCUCCUCAUCGAGCAGCGUACGGCAACGAAGAUGGAGGUGCUGAGGCUCUGCUGCAGAGGAGGACAUGGCUUCUGCACUGGUCACUCUUCGUCUGGUUCAACCACCCCGAAGGCAGGCAAGGUCUCGUCGAGAUGUACCUCUCGCCGCCUUACCUCAACACCAUCCAGACCACAUCUUGGUGGCUUCUGCGCUACCUCGUGGCCGCUUUGGUGCUGACGCGAAGGACUUCGCGAGUCUACAUGGUACCCUCCCCUUCCUCAAAUCCUUCGAUGCUCAACGCCAACCCCGUCAGCAAAGUCACCCCUACAGCAGCUCUGCGAGACGUCUCGCGCAUCAUCAUAUCCGAGUCAGACUACCGUUUGACAAGGGACCCCAUCGUUGACUUCAUUGCCAAGCUUUACGGAGACUUUGACUUCGAGGGCGCACAAGAGGAGCUACGAAAGGCAGAGACAGUGGCCGAGGCCGACUUCUUCCUGCAAGACCACAAGGAGGCCUUCCUCGAGGGCGCUCGAUACCUCAUUUCGGAAGCCUACACCCGCAUCCACCAGCGUGUGAACAUUGCAGAUCUCUCUGCACGUCUCAACCUUUCCAAGGAGGAGGGAGAGAAGUGGAUUGUCAACCUUGUCAGGGACACUCGCGCUGACGCGAAGAUUGACUUCAAGGAGGGCGUGGUGUCGAUGAAUCUGCAGAACACCCACCCACCCAUCUACCAGGGUAUCAUCGAGCAGACAAGAGGCUUCACCUUCAGGACGGCUGCUAUGGGACAGGCUAUUGACCGCAAGGCUCACCCUACGCAAGUUGGUGUUGGAGGAAAUGCGGCAGGCGGUGGAGACAGGACAUCGAAUGCAACUGGUCAGAGGGGAGGCAGGGGUGGUGGUCGAGGCGGAAGGGGCGGCAGCAGCACAAGGGGUGGAGCAAGGAGCCAAGGUGGUCAGCAGCGAGACUCGCAACAGCCAUCCUCGCAAGGUGACUCGUCGGCCCCUUCCGCAGGCGACUCGUUCUCGGCAGCGUCUCCUGCUACCAAGGUGGCAGUGUAAGGGCUGGGUAUCGUUGUCACUGUACCACACUACAUACGAAUCUCACGUAUAUCACUUCUUCUGCGGCGCGUGAUCGGUGACAGCAGCCCUGCUUUUAUCGGCCAGAAUGAUGCAUUUUCAGGCGGGUGAGCCGGGGACCGGUUGGGUAUCUAUUUCCACGCUCUUCUGAGCUCCCUCAUCUUGGAUCCUACUUCAUCGACGGCCUUAUCGAAGCUCUCCCGAUCUUUCUGCCUCUUUGCAUCCGCGUCUGCCUCCUCCCUCCCUGCCUUGUCUUCGGACCCAAAGCUCAUUCUCCGAGGCGAAGUAGGGUCUGUACUUGUCCGUGUG